GGUUUGGGAAGUCAUUAUUUUGACCAAUAAGAUGGUUAAAAACAUCAGUCAAAGUAUCACAUGACAGAAUUAAAUAACAGUACACAUGUCAAUGAAAUCAUUGUGUUAGGUCCAAAAAAUCAGAGUUUGUCAACCUUGACUCAAAAUCUCGACUCAAGUUUAGUUCCAAUAAAAUAUGAUAUUAAUGGUACAUUUUUUAUUUGGAAGGUACUAAAACAAUCUGGAAUGAUAUCAUUACUAGACGAUUCGUAUUUAAUAAUUCAUUUUGAUGGAUUUUAUCAAAUUAAUGCUCAGAUGCAGCUAGAUUAUAGGCAACCAGUGAAGUUAACUAGCUUUCAUCUUUGUAAAAAUAACGAAGUCAUAGCAUCAACAAAAUGGAGUUCUAGUUUUGAUACAGGAGCAAUUAAUACUCUUAUAUAUGCAAAAAAUGGUGAUCGUUUAUCACUUUACUCUCCAUGGAUGAACGCUAAAUGGUUUAUAUCAAACAAAGUGACAUUUUUCUCUGCUCAUUAUUUAGGAUCUCUAUGAGAUAUUAUUUACCACGUGUUUAACACGAUUUUCAAUAUAUCAUUUAUUAUAUAUUAAUAAAGUAUAAUGUUUUAUAAGAUAAGUAUAUUUUCUAACUCUUUUAAAGUUCUAUAGUUUUAUAUAGCUUUUACAAUUUUAAAUAUAAAAAAUAUGAAACAAGUAAUAAUUGUUUUAUACUGUAAAAAAUACUAAUAGUGAGUAUUGACAGUUUUUAUGUCAAUGCUAUAAUUGCCUAAUGUUUUGUAAGUAUCAUUUAUAUGUGCCUAUGUUUUGUAUGUAUCUUUUAUGCGUGAAUAUGUUUUUAUCUAAUGUUUUGUAUGUAUCUUUUAUGUUUGUAUAUGUUUUUAUAACGCUAAAGUUUUUAUAUCAAUUACCUAUACUUUUGUAAUGUAAAUAUUGAAAGUUUUUUAUACCAAUUACCUAUACUUUCCUAUACUAUUGCAGGCCUCGGCUUAAAUAAAGUAGCACGAGAACGGAGAACAGCUGCGCCCUUUUUUAAUUUUAAUUUUUUUUUUUUUGCAACAAUCGUGCUUUUUAAAAAGCAUUGCAGUAUAUUAUGCAAUUAAUUUUUUUUUUAAAUGAUAUUGUGUUUUUUAUUUUAGUUUCAAUGAUAAAUAUAUUUUCGUGAGAAAAGUGAUUAACAGUUUUAGGGGAGUGUGGGUGAGAGCUAAAGCCGAAGCCUACUAUUGUAAGGGAUCGUCCAUAAAUUACGUAAAGCAAAAUUUCAUAAUAAACAAUACAAAAGAUCAAAAGUUUUCCCUUAAUUUAAAUUAAUAAAAAAAAUAGCCUAUUAAGUUUAACGAAAAUCGCCGUGAAAAAGAGUUUAAUAUCUCCUACUUCUGUUUUUAAAAAAAUAUUUUGCGUUGCGUAAUUUAUCGACGAUCCCUAAAAUAAAUUUUUAUACAUUUUUAAAUUCAAUCAAAUUUUCAAUAAAUUGUACUCGUGCUCAUUGAUUAAAAUGGGAUUUGUACAUUAUGUAAAUAUUUUCAAUAAAUUGUGGGCACGUUUUAUUGAUUUGGACGUAUUUUAUAUUUGUACAUAGUAUAAAAAUUUUAAUUUAGUUGUACACUUUUUAUUGAUUUAAAUGUAAAUAAAUUUUUCUAAUCAGAUUAAUAAAAACU